GACUUUAUGGGCCAAACAUUGCCAACAAUUUGGUUGAGCUCUCAUUCGAGGACUUAAAUGGUCUCAAGUUUUCAAUGUCUGGCUUUAGUUCCAAUCAAACGCUUCAUCAAAAGAAUUUCGUAUUUAUUUUAUUCAUUAACAACCGAUUGGUUGAAUGUCCGGCGCUUAAGAAAGCGAUUGAUUUGGUUUAUAGUAAUUAUCUGCUUAAGAGUUGUCAUCCAUUCGUGUAUUUGAACAUUAAGAUUGACUCGAAGAACAUCGACGUCAACGUUCAUCCGACCAAAAAUGAAGUCCAUUUCCUUCACGAACAAGAGAUCUGUGAAAAAGUGGUUCAAAUCGUCGAAAGCAAACUCACAGAUGGAAGAGAAACGCGUCGUUUGAAUACAGAGUCGAGUCCUCUAAUAAAUACAGUAUUUACUCAGAUCUCCAAUCCAUCCAUUGGUGAGAGUCCUAAUCAAAAGUCAUCGCAAAGCAGUUCCACAUCGAAAGAAGGCAAUCAAACAAAUAGUGACAGGAGUUAUAAAGCGCCGAACAAAGAGACCACUCCUCGGAGACCAGACAAACAAAUCCGAACCGAUAGUAAAGACCGCAAAAUUUAUGAAUACUUAUUGAACGCUAAGAAAGUGGACAAAAACAGGAGAGAUAUGAAUUUGACGAGUGUUUCAUCUCUGAGGCGAACUGUCGCUGAAGAGAGCGAUAAUCGUCUUCAAGACAUUAUCUGUAAGUCAACAUACGUUGGAUGCGCUGACGAGACGUUUGUUUUGUUCCAAUUUGAAACACAACUCCUAUUAGUGAACGGAUAUAAUCUGAAUGUAGAGCUCUUUUAUCAGCUCUUUCUCGUCGAUUUCGGCAAUUUUCAGAGAAUAAGAUUUUCCAAACCAUUACUUAUCGCGGAUUUAGUGAACGUCUAUUUAGAGGAAGACGUCGGCAAAACUCAACCGUCUGUCGACAGUCAGAGCAGUCAAACAUUGAGCGCAACAGAAGUCGAGACAAUUCUUAUGUCAAAGAGUGAAAUGCUUUCCGAUUACUUCUCAAUAGAUAUCAGUUCUGAAAAGGAAUUGAUAAGUUUGCCCAUAAUAUUGGAUGGAUUUGUUCCCAAUUAUGCAUUUCUCCCACAACUGGUCUAUUCUUUGGCCAAAGAUGUCAAUUGGAAUCAAGAGAAGGAAUGCUUCGAA